UUCUCUCUCUCUCUCUCUACUAUCCAUUUUCCAUUCGUUUUGUUCGCAGUGAAAAAACAAGGAAAAAACACCGGAAAGCCUCAUCAUCAACCCAACCCACCGCCGGAAACCUAGCCGACAAAUCCCCCUCCACCCUUCUUAACAAACCACAACACAACAAUAUCAUGAGUAGCAAUUCCAGCAUCAUCACCAAUACUCUUAUUAAUAACAACAAUAAUAGUAAUAGUAGGGGAGCAGUCUCAAACAACGGCACCAGCAGCGGCAGCGGCAGCAGCACCACCAACACCAGCGGCAGCAGCCAACAGGCUUGUGCGGCAUGUAAAUACCAACGCAGGAAAUGCACCCCUGGUUGCACUCUAGCCCCUUAUUUCCCAGCUGACCAACAACGUCAAUUCCUCAAUGCCCAUAAGCUAUUUGGAGUUAGUAACAUCCUCAAGAUCAUUCGUAACCUUGAUCCAUCUCAGAAAGACGAAGCCAUGCGUACCAUGAUCAUACAAGCCAAUACUCGAGCCAUCGAUCCCGUCGGUGGAUGUUAUCGUAUUAUUCACGAGUUGCAGUGCCAGAUCGAACGUGAUAAAGCUGAGCUUCAAAUUGUUUUACAUCAACUCGCGAUAUGUAGGGCUCAAGCUCAGGCUCAUUUGCAGUUGUUACAGCAACAGGAAGUAGCUACCCAAGCCAUUAAUCAUCAUCAUCAAGACCCAGUUGGUGCUUCUUAUAUAACUCCUAUGCUUCAUCAUCAGCAUCUACAACAACACAAUACUCCUCCAUCUCCUUCUCUUCUACAUCAGCAACAAUUCCUUGUGCAGGAUAAUAAUCAUCAAGGUAUUAGUCAAUGGGUCAUGCAGGAGGAUCCUAACCCUAACACUAACAGGAUCAAUGACCCAGAUAAUAAGGAGCCUCCUUUCAUGAAUGAAUGUGAAGACAUCAAACCGCUUCUUGGAAUGUUUGAGGAUAGGCAGCAAUCUCUUCCCUUUGAUCACAAAGACUCCAUCCAAUGCAGUGACAAGGCUGUACUAAAAGACGAAGAGGCUGAUGUAGUGGUGCUUAAAGGAGAAAAUAACUCCAUGGAGCAUGUUCCAGAGCAUGAUUUAAAGGGGGCAGCUUCUUUAUUUACUCUUACAAAUUGUAACAGCUAAGGCUAGCAAUUACAAACAAAGCAUCUCUCACCAUUCACGAAAAGGGCGGGGAAAAUGCCCGGGUCUCACUCUCUCUUUCUCUCUAUCUAUGUUUAUUUAUUUUACUGUUUGUCUUGUGGUCUCUCUAUGUAAAUAUUAACAAUCAUAUGAAAAGGAAUGGAGGAAAGGCUUCUUUAACAAUUUUGCAGAA